AUGUUCAACCUCUACCAAAGCUUGCAAAAGAAGCAAGAGGAAGAAAAGGAGUCGAGCGUGAUCGGCCACGAGAGAUUCUACCAGGAGCGGUCGCGAUCGACGGUGAAGAAAAAGAGGAAAAUAUAUCGACGAGCCAACAGUGCAGCUGAGUUUUCCCCGGCCACGAUUGCAGCUGCGAAAAGAGCCGCGUUUAGAUGGAGAAGCGUCAGUCAGGAAAAUAAACGGGAAGACGGCAAAGCUAGUCCGCAAAAGGAGUCUUUGGCCAAGAUAUUAUUUUCGAGACGAUCAUCAACAGUUCAAAAACACGAAUACAGUGCUCUAAAAACUGACGGUGGAUCUACAGAAACAUGUAAAUAUGAAGUACAAAUACGAAAUGGAGCUUUUAUGACAUGUAAGCAAUAUCUUGCAAAUAAUGAGAGAUAUGAACUAAAGACCCAGCUUGGAGAUAUUGGAACCAGGCCGGACAAACACUGGUUUAUAGUCCAAGACAACACCCUAACCGCUGAAAGACUGCUAAGUUUGGUGCCAUUGCCAUCCGAUUGCCCCCUUAAUCCGUCCCAGCAGACCCGCGAGACCCUUCUGGAGCUGUUCAGGGGUCUGCAACACCCGUACAUCCAUCCAGUGCUAGAUAUUGAAUUCUGGGAAGCCGGAGCCGCCCUAGUAAGCCCCUUAAACCCCAGCGGAAGUUUAAGGGAUGUUAUCUACGGUGCCAAUUUUUCGCACGAUUGUCAGGAGAAGUAUGCUGAUAGAGGCGCAGGAUUGGCCCUUAGAACGGUCCAAUGUCUUGGAAGACAAAUUCUCGAAGCCCUCCUAUUUCUACAAAACCGUCAGUUCCCUCCAAUAUACCAUCUACAUACUGGAAACGUAAUAAUACAAAAUGGCGUCGCGCGAUUGGCAGGCCUGGAAAAUUUACUUUUUGGUCUUACACCUAAACCCCCCGUUGCUCCAGACACUCUAGCAUUUGGUUACAUCCUUUUCGAAAUGUCUGCGGGCUACCCGCUAGCGACUCCCCCCAGCCCCGCCCAUCUGGAACUAGAACUGGAAAGAGCGCCCCAAGUGGCGGACGCCUUGAGCCUAAUUUUUCACAAGUCCCGGCCGGCGACCUUGGAGGACUUGGUGCGGUGCGAUUUGUUUAGAGGCGUGGAACUUCGCGAACUUCGCGGCGCCAGCAUCCUGCAGUUUAGCACUCCGCAGGAGGUUCUGGAGCUGCUGGACCAGGUUAGGAACCCUGUGCCACCCUCGCCCAUGCGACGCAAUAGCUUCGUAAAUGUUUUUUGGACGAAAACUUUUCGAAAGAAAAAUCAAAAAAAGAAAUACCUUUUUAUACAAACGCAUGGAUUUAAAACAUACGUAACCAAGCUAAAAAAAGACAAUCGGCAUAACAGAAUCAAAAACAAUACUUAA